UCACGGGUGCAACGUAACACGUGUUAGGUCGAGUACGUUUACUUGUAGAGAGAGAGAAGACGUAGUGGCUCCGCUGGCAACGCAACGAGACUUCGUCGCCGACCCAUUGUAGCAGCAUUAGCAGAAUACACGGAUUACGUAACGUACACAAAAUUGUACAGCGACAAAAGUUGUGCAGCCAAGACCCCAACCAUUCACGCCCGAAACAUAGAUCUUGAGAAAUUCAAGCGUUGCAACGGUGCAGAAGGGCUCUAUGUGCUCCACCGUGACUUGGGCGAAUGGUACUUUAGUUUCCAAGAGCUUGCUACUGUGGUAUCGCGAGAGGUGCGUCCAGGUGGCCUGUAAUCCGGGUGUGCAUCAGCGACAAAAUGCUCAACGAGAUCAAGGCGGCGGUACUGUUCUUAGUAAAUCUGAUCGAAAAAAGCGAAAAAUUUAGUCCCGAUCAAUUGGAAUGCUUCAAGCGGCACCUGGUCCAACUGCUGACGGAACGCUUCAAAAAUCACUGGUUCCCCGACAAACCGUUCAAAGGCCAAGGCUACCGUUGCAUUCGCGUCAAUGGCCACAAUCGUCGGGACGCAACCCUGGAAAGUGCCGCGAACGCCGCUGGUGUCAAGUAUGAGGACCUGGCAUUGCCGGUGGAAUUGACGCUGUGGGUUGAUCCCAACGAAGUUUGCUGUCGAUUUGGUGAGAGCAAGGGGUCGUACUGUACGCUGGCAUCAUUCGAUGACAAAGAAAACACCGUACCCAUUUUCCAAGCCGAACAUAAUGAGAACAUAGAGAACGAGAAUAAGCCAGCCCACGUGGGGUCUAUCAAAAUACAGAAAUCCCCUCUAACCGCAAGUACAGAACAACAACAACCGAAAUCAAAACCAUUAAGCAUCGCUAAUCAAAAUCAACAGCAUAGCAAUAACGGUACAGGUAAGAGGCGCAACUUGAACAGUCCUAGGUUGCACCUGAACAGAAAUCGUUCGUGGUUUGGCCAUUCCUUCAGUAUGGGUUACGGCCCUCAUCCAAUCAACCAGCCAUGGUACAAUAUAAUGCCCCCGCAUUUCCUCGGUGGUCCUUCUCCGCCACCCUUUAUGGGACACCGAGGGAACAAGUGGGUACAUCAACCCUCUUAUCCCGCAGGACCCGCCCGUUUUCACCAUUGGUCUCCCAAAGCUGCUCUUAAGGUAUAAAGAGAAUCGUUUUAAGAAAAUAGUUAAGAAACCUGUUUCUCUUCUCGAAAAAAAAACCAGAAAAUUUGA